UUGACCCGUCUUCUCACCGAUUUGCUCAGCACCUUUCUCAACCGCCUUUGUCACCGCUUUAGAUGCAAGCUCUUUAGCGGCUUUACCUGUAACCUUCGCAGCUACUUUUGAGGCUACAUUUUUGACAACGUCGAAAAUUCCUUCGCCUUCUUGAGCUUCAGGAAAAUGAGCCAGAACCCGCCCUUUGCCUACUACUCACCAGGAGCCGAAGAAGACGAGCAAAACCUUAAACAUCUCUUCAAGGCUCUUUCCUUUAAAGUUGUCAUCAGAAGGGAUUUGACCAGUCACAAGUUGGAAAAAGUGGCGCAGGAAUUUGGAGCUGUAAACCACAGCGCGUAUAACGCGUUCGUGUUCAUCGUCAUGUCGCAUGAGGGAGAUCGUGAUUGUAUCCUGGGCGUCGACGAAAGGGAGACAACCGUGAAGAAUUUGAUGUUCGAGUACCAAGGAAAAAAGUGUCCAUCCCUUAGGCAUAAGCCCAAAGUAUUUAUCAUCCAAUCUUGCAGAGGAUGUCGAGUUGACACUGAUACGUGUUCUAUGUCCUCAUCUGCUAAUGAUAUUAAUUCACAGGUGGUUGCAACGACAUUUCAUGCACAGGCAAGCACUCAGCCAUUUCAUACCGCAUUCAGUCCUGACUCCACCCUCCCAAGGAGUGUGUUUCCACCGGAAGCUGACUUUGUUUUGGCCUUUGCCUCUACGCCGGGUUACGUAUCAUAUCGAGAUCUAGCACGUGGCACUUGGUUUAUACAGGCUUUGGUGGAAGUGAUGAGGGGAUAUCAUCAUCGUCAUCACUUCCUUGACAUGUUGACGGAAGUCACUAGACUGGUAGUGAAGCAUGGUAACUCUGUUCAGGUUCCUGCUCCUAUGGAUACCUUGACUAAACUUCUGUGCUUGUGAGAGAGGACUGAGCCGAGCGAUUCACUGUUAGUCAUGGGGUCGUUUAUACUGUCAUUUUGUUAGAAAUUAGCAAUGUACUCUGGGUAUAAAAGCUGCCAUGCCUUCGUUCAAUCUGGAACUAAAAUAAAAUUUGGUAGAUUUUUCCAUAAUCAAUGGACAGGAUAUUGAGGAUGUCGACGAGUUCGUGUACUUGGGGGCCAAAGUUUGUAGAGAGGGUGAUGGUAUGAAGGACUUGAAGAACAGGUUAUCAAAAGCCAGAGGUGCCUUU